AUGCAUUCUAUUGGGUGCUUGCUUUACCACGAGCUAUCAAUUCCUAUCCGAUCUUUAUCUCUCAAAAUACAAAUUCAGUGCAAGUAUGAUAUAGACACUUAUUUUGUGCUGUACAAUGGGAAGAGGAAAACAUGGAUCAUGGACGAUGAACUGCUAACAAUUCAAAACACACUGAUAUCACUACCCAGCGCGAAUUUCAUUCUUUCGCUGCCUAUUCCUUCGGACAAAUACCUCUACGAAAUUGAAGAUAUUGCAGUGCUAAUUCUAAAUGAAAAAGACCAGCCUGUCUAUUUUAAGACACUGUACAAAAAAAUAAAAACGAAGUACGGCGAAAAAACAAAGCCAAAGAAGUACUAUGCAGCACUCCUAGCAGAUAGUAUCUGCUUUAUACAAAUACGCAUGUUUGAUGCAAUUGGAAACAGUCUGAAGAUAUGGAAAGUGGACAAGACAAAUCUUGGGAAUUUCCAGAAAGUGAAGAACAUGCAGCAGAGCAUCAGUAUUAAUACAACAGAUUUAAUGGAAAAGGUGAAUGUGUCGUAUGACCAGAAGACAGCAGAGAGCACUACAAGCCCAUACAUAUCACAAGAGCUGCCCCAAACCUUCUUCCUUCCAAAUGGUCCAGUUCCCUCAGAAGACGCAAAAAAGAGUCUGCCCCAUAAUACUCCAACUCCUAGAUACUCAUUCCCAUAG